AUGGCCAAGAGUCACAAGAAGCGAUCAGUGGACAAAGAAAUUAAAAAACAUGAGCUGAGCGGCAACCUGAGUCAGCCAAGCAACAAUAGUAUCCACUUCUACAAUACAAUUGAUGAAAUAAAUGAAGAUACUCUAAAAGACAGCAAUGUAACAGGCACAGUACUUGCCAAGAAAGUAGAUAUGGUAGCGCCGCACACGAGACGAUCAGACUCCUUCCUAGGUAAUGGUAGCAAGGCACUCCAAAUAGAAUACAGCCAGCCCCACACGUAUCAUCCAAUAACUAAUAAUAAAAUAGAAGCAGAACAAGAAAAUAAAUUUGAUUUAAGUCAUGAAAACCUAAAAACAUUUCUCGGGAACUAUAGUCAAGAAACAAAAAAUAAAGUCGUAUCAAAGAUUGUUGUCAACGAAUUGAAGAAAGGCAGUGAAAUCAUUGGAGACGCGACUGCUACUGUUAUAUCAAACAUCACUUUUACUCCAGAAAACGACACAUUAACAGCAAUGGCUUUCAUUGCCGGCAAUCUUUUGAAUAAACUAUGGAACAUGGAAAAAGACGCUUCUGCGUCUUCAAUGGAGACUGAUAAAUUAAAACAAGAGAAGAUAGCUGAUCUUAUUGACCUUUUUAAGGAACCCCUAAAUCUGAGACAAGAAACGUUCCUUAAAAAUGCACUUGAACAGUUGUCCAGUGCAAUAGAUAAACAAAAGGAUGUUAAAAAUAUUUCCAUAUGUGAGACUUUUCAAAAUGUCGACAAUACGGGUGAUACAGUUGAUGAUGAAAAACCGAAAAAAGUUUUAGUAAGUAUGCCAUGUACACAUAAAGAUAAAAAAAAUAAAGAGGUUGGAGAAAAAAAUACGAAAGCAACUGUCAAAGCUAUAACUAAAAUACAUAAUGUUUUAGAUUUGAUCAGAAAAUUUGAACGUGUUCAAGGAAAUCUGAGUGAACUUAAACAUGGUCCAAACCUAGAUUUUACACGCAAUGGUACAAGGAAGGACGAUAAAAAGUAUACUCAAACUACAUUAACUAAUGAUGAAAGUUAUUCCUUAAAUAUAUUUGGAAAUAUUUUAGAAAAAAUAACAAAACUCAUAUUACCAAAACGGAAUAACAAGAAAAUCAAAAGUUUAAUAACCAGUCAAAAUAUAUUAUCAGGAAACGACCACUUAAAGAAAAAGUUUAAGAAAAUGUACAACAUUGAUUUGACUAACAUGACGGUGACCGCUAAAGAUAAGAUCAUUUUAGAUUAUUUAACUCAUGUAGAAAGAAACCCAGAUUGUUUCCUAAACAAUAAUAACAAUGAUGAACUUGAAAAUAUACCCACUCUCGAAGGAAAUAUUUUCCUCAAAUUAACAGAAUUUUUCAAAUUAAAGACAUUCAAUGAUUUGUUGAAGUUGUUAGAACCCGAACGCACUACCCACGUCCGUGCUAAUGGAACAGACCGAGCUGUAGUUGAAACUACUACUUUAUUUGGGAGAAAUAAACUGUUAACAAAUUUAAAAAGUGGGGAUCCUAAUAAAUUUAAUUCGACAAAAGAAAAACUUAAAGCGCAUUUUAAAACCAUUAUUGAGGAUUUAAUAGAAUUACAAGGAACCAAAGGGUUCAAUUUAAAAGGUCAUAUCAAAAUAGCAGAUGCUUUGCCUUGUAUCUAUAAUAUUUUAAAACCCUACAGAGAAGAAAACGUCAAUAAAAAGGAGAAAGUAAUAGAAGACCCAAUAAAAAAAGUGGCCAGUAUAUUUAACGAGUUAAAGAAAGAAAUGAAAUUGGCAAAAACCCGUAGAACUUUCGAUAAUACUUUAACGGAAAGGCCUAAAUCUGCAAUUGUAUGGGAACGAUUGGUUAAGAACUUAAAUAAUAAAACUAAUUCAAAUACCCGCAGGACGUUAAAUGCUAAAACUCCGAAAUCAUACGAACAAAUAAAGAAAACGAUGGAGCACAUUGAAAGUGGUAGCUCCACGUACAAGCAAUACGCAUUGCUUGUGAAAGUUCCCCCUUCAGCUAAAUUGGUUUUACUGAAAGCCUUGGAGCAAGAUGUUCAGGCCACUAUUGAAGGAUUCAAUGAUAUUUUAUUGUCGCUGCCAGAUUUAAUAAAAUUGCCAAAAGAAAAGUUUAUUGAUCUGGAAGAGUUUAUAGACAAUACGAUAAAAGGACUAAAAUUGAGCGAAGAAAUUAACGAAAAAAUUAAAUCAGAAGACAAGAAUGAAGAGACAAAGUUUUUCAGUAAUGACAUCACUUCACAAAUAUUAAAUACAAUAAAGAAUAAAUUGAAGGAGAAACAGAUGCUUAAAAGUGAGAACGCAAGAAAUGAGGAGAGCGAUCAGUUGAGAGUUAGUAGAGCACAGAUCAUAGCUCAGCUGAUAAGAAAUCGUGUGAAUCAGUAUAUGAACGAUAGAGAACAUCAAAAAGGUGCCACUGAAGACAUUAACUAUGCUAUUGCACGGAGGAUAAUUUAUUACUUAGACGUUGGAGAUUACAAACUCGCUAAUGACAUGUUUAAAAUGUUGUUUUAUCAAAAUGAUAAUAAACUAAUGCCUUUUUCUUUUGGUCAAUCUGUGAACAAGCAUUUCGUAUCAUCGACUCUAAAAUAUAGUAAUAUUCCAAUGCGUCGAAGUGCGCAGCCACUUAAGGAGUCGAACCCCAGCUUGAUGUUUGAGGACGCAAGUAAAAUGAAGGGCAAGUACAAGGACUGGAUCAACCAGGACCACCUGAUCAAGCAGCUGUUGAACAUAAAGAGCAUGAGAAUGUAG